GCUCUAUGGCUGCUGUGUGGUACACCAGCCUAUCCGCUUCCCCUCUACACAAGGCAACGAAUGGAUAAAAACCCCUCUUCAAGAAAAAUCAAAGAAUCCAAUAACCCUAGCUGCAGCACCACCCGACCGGAAAUAUUGAUGUCGAGGCUGAAAUCUCUCCGCCCCUUGAGAUCCCUGCCCCGCCUUCUCACCUCAAAAUCCCACAACCAACCGUCCUUUCACCGGUCCUUCUCCUUGUCCCACCUGUCAUCAUCAUCAUCAUCAUCUCCACUCCCUUCAGCAUCCGCCGUCCGAUUCAUCAGUACGUGCCGCCCCCGAGAGGAACCCAACAUCCACUACAAUAUACCUCCCUUCCUCGACGAGAUACCUCCACCCGCCAAAUGGGGCAUCGUGAUGGUCCCUGAAAAUCAGGCCUACGUUGUCGAACGGAUGGGAGGGUGGUCCCUGAAGACCCUCUAUUCCGGCAUCCACUUCCUGAUACCAGUGGUAGAUAGGAUCACCCACGUCCAUUCCUUGAAGGAAGAGGUGUUCCUACUUUCAGAUACGAUUGAAAUUACGAAGGACGAUGCCCACAUUUUAAUUGACAGUGUUACUCAUGUCAAGAUAGUCGAUCCGCUUCUAGCAUCAUAUCAGUUAUUGAAUCCGAUCCUUGUAGUUGCGAGUAUGUCAUCUGUGAUAAUGCUCGAAAAUGUCAGGAAAAUGAAUCUCAACGAGAUUUUCGAAGAGAUGGAUACUCUGAAUGAGAAUAUCAUGAAGUCAACUAAUGAAGUUGGUACUCGUUUGGGUGUGAAGUGUCUGCGAUAUGCGAUAAGGGACAUAUCUCCUUCUCCGAAAGUUGGCGCAGUUAUAGAGAUGCAAGCAAAAGCAGAAAGAAGAAAACUUGCUCAAGUUCUAGAGUCCGAAGGAGAAGCAAAAGCUAUCCGUAAAAAGGCACGAGCAACUGAAAAAUUUAUGUCUUUGCUAUCAGACUCCAUUAAAGUAAGUGGAGGCGUCAAGGGCAUGGCACAGUUGCUCCCUAGCACUGUUGCCAAUCCUGCCAGCAUGAUGGCUCAGGCACCACCAAUUUACAAAAGACCGGUUGGCAAUGGCCGUUCUACCACUGAACCCCAGAAAAUCUCCCAAUCUGGGCUUCUACAUAGGAGCAAAGUUGAUGGGCCUCCCAGACAAGCCGAAGAUGAAAGCCCUGCAACUGAUGCUACUGUUGCUCCAGCACCCGUGGUCUUUCCAGUUGAACUAGUUUUCUCUUUGCAGAGCCCCAAGAACUUAAGGUGAUACAGUCAAUGGCCUCGGAGCCCACAAUUGUGAAAUUCAUUUUUCUUUCCAUCAGGUUUUAUUUUCUUAAAUGUUAUUUGGUAAACUUAAAAAUAAAGUCUGAAAAUUAAUUGAAGUAUCGAAAAGUUGAAGUACUGAA